UCCAAUCAGAAAUGACGUAAACAAACAAAAUGUCCAAAAAUGUCUCGUAGAACUUCGCGUUAAGUUAAUAAGUAAAUAAUAUCGUCUUUAAGAAUUGAAUUGAGUGGUUUUAAAAAUCAAGGACACAUUUUUAAAAUAACCGGUUAAUUCGUGUAAAGAAAAAAUUCAUAAAUUAUUCAUUAUUAUCAAAUGGUGGAAUUAGAAAAAUAUGGAUAACCUCUUAAACAAGUUGUCAGGUUUUAGUGUGGGACAUGAAAAAGCUUUAAAACAAGGAAUUUACAAUGCUUUGGCACUUUUAUUAUUAUCAUUUAUUUGUGUCGCUGGUUAUGGACUUUAUAUUAUUUUAAGUCCUUUUGUUAAACCAUUAAUAUGGGCAUUAUUGUGUGGAUCGGUUUUAUUUCCAUUCAAGAAUUCUUUAGCGACUAUGGUUAAAUCAUGGUUUAAUAUAACAGAAGAAUCGAAUAAACCACUUGUUUUACAUUUAACAAUAAUUCCUCUCCAUAUUGUUGAUGAAACAUCGGAAAUUAUUGGAUCUUUUAUAAGAAAUCAUUUGAAAUAUAUUAUUGCUGCUGUUUCUGUUUCAACAAUUACAACAUUAAUUUAUAAUUAUAUGCCAAGUAUUCUUAUUUAUCUCGUUUGGAAAAUUAUAACAAUUGGAAAUUCAAUUCUUGAAUUUUUUAUCUCCUCCUGUAAUAUUUGGAUGAUAUCCUUCAUUUUGAUCGGAUAUUUUUCACUACUUUAUCUUCAUUGGCGACCGGAGAAUUCAUUAUAUUUUCAUUUUUCAUCCUAUGCGAUAUGGUUAAUCGUAAGUUUGUAUAUAUCAAACAUUUUUGGCACAUAUCCAGUUAUUGUUUUUUGUUCUCUACAAUUAUUUUUCGUCGUUGGUUUUAUUUAUGAAGUAUUAACAAUCAUUGAACAUGAGGAAUUAGAAGGAAAUUGUUUAUCAUUUAUGGAAACUGCUAUCAAUUUAUUAUUAAACGAUUAUUCACGAACAUUUAUAAACACAGAAUCAAUUGAUCGUCCAUUAUCGCCAGAUGAUGAUGUUUUUUUAGACGAUAUUUCAGAAACAACGACAAAACCAAUGGAUUCAAUUGGUGAGAAAGCAUCAAGUACACCAGUGGAGAAAUUUAAACCAAAAUUAAAAGAUACAACAAAAGCAAUGACAAUUGAUUCGGGAAGAUCAAUUUUUAUGAAUUCAAGAAAAUCACGAUCAUCAGUGAAUGUAACGCCAACUAUUAAAUUUUCCCUACCCGAGAGACAUUUUUUGUGGAAAUUAAAAGCCGAUUUACGUAUGUCAUUAGACAUUGAGGACGAUCAAGUUGAUACGGAUAAAUAUAUGAAGGGGACAAUUUAUGCUUGUACUGGAAUGUUAAUAUGGAAGCAUAAAUGGAUUAUUUAUAUUCUUAUUUUUCCGGUUGCUUAUUAUAUUAUUAAAUUAAUGGGCAAUUUUUUUGGUAUAUGGACAAAAAUACAAAAAUAUAUUCAAGGAAUUUGGAAUCAUAUUAAUGAAUGGUGCGAUGAGAGACUCGAUGCAUUGUUACCAGUUUAUAUUCGUGGAUUAUAUAAAGUUUCUAUUAUUAUCGAUCAAAAAUUAACGACUAUUUUAAAAGGAUCUAUUGAUUCAGUUGCAACAUUUGCCGUUAUUCUUGGAUUACUUUUUUUCACAACUUGUGUUGCAAUUUUUAUAACAAUGCAGGUUUACGCGGAGGGAAUUCAUUUAAUUCAAGUCACGGGAGAAAUUGUUAAUUCUUCUCUUGUAAAUAAUCCGGAUAUUGAUUGGGUUCCUGAACAAUGGGAAGAAUCAGUAAAUAGUGUUCUUGAUAAUGCUUAUACUUAUGGACGAAGUGCAAUUUCUGAUGGUGUGAAAAGUCUUGUGAAAAAUUUAGAACCAGCUAAAGCGGAAUUAAUGGAGAAAAAAGUAUUAGAAUUGUGGGAUAGAUUUUAUCAAGCUUGGAUGAUGUCAAGUGAAAAUUCAGAUUUAAUUGGUCCAACAGUCGAUAUGGAUUCUGUUUGGGAAAGUUUUAAGGAUAGUUUUGGAAAAACUCCUUUUCAAUUAUUUAAUAUGACCAGCGUUCAAAAUUUCGCAAAGGAAAACGUUGGUGUUCUUAUGUCGGUUUUGGAUUCAAUUUGGAGUAUUGUCAAAGGAAAUAUGUCCGUUAUUUUAGGAAUAGUGACCGAAUUGAUUUAUAUUGUAUUAAUUAGUGGAUCAGCGGUACUUAAUUUUACUCUCAGUAUGGUUGUAUUUUUCACGGCACUUUUCUACCUUUUGAGUUCUAGUGGAGUAACUUAUAAGCCAAUCGAGGCAAUAACAACUUUUAGUCCAAUUAGUUGUAACAGCAUAUCUGAAUUUGGAGGAUUUGCAGUUGCCCUGCAGGAAUCAGUAAUUGGCGUAUUUGCAGCAACAUUUAAACUCGCAUCAUUUUUUGGUUUAUGGACGUGGUUUGUUCAUAAUUUAUUUCAAGUAAAAAUUGUCUACUUACCGUCUGUUUUUGCAAUGAUAUUGGGCGCUGUUCCAUUUCUCGAUGCAUAUUUCGCCUGUAUACCGGUGACAAUUGAACUCUGGUUUACACGCGGACCAAUGAUCGCGACACUUUUCUUCUUCUUUCAUUUUCUUCCCUGCAACAUUGUCGUCACGGAAUUUUACAAAGAAAUUAAAGGAGGUGGUCAUCCAUAUCUCACGGGUUUAUCGAUAGCGGGAGGAAUUUUUUGUCUAGGAGUAGAGGGAGCAAUUUUUGGUCCAUUAUUAUUAUGUUGCAUAAUGGUUGCAAUUAAUUUGAGUCGACGUUAUAUGUAUUCGCCAUCCGAGGAGACGUUAAAUACGAUAAAAUCUCAAAUUCAUCAUUUAAAAAAUAAUUAAUAUUUUUACAAAAUAUAAAGAUAUAUAUUUUUAUAUUAUCGAAAUCCGGCCGAAAAUGAAAUUAUAGUUUUAUAAGUAUCUCUAUAGUAAAAAAAAAAUUGUGAUUAAUUAGUCAACUACGAAUAUUUAUUUGAUAGAAAAUAUCUGUAAAUAUUUUCUUAUAAUUUAUUUUUUCUAUUAUUAAAAAAUAAUUUUUUUGCAAAUAUUAUAUUUAUGUAAGGAAAAGAUAUAUUUUUAAAAAAUAACUGACAUUUCUCUAUCGAGAGAUUAUUAGUUUGUUUGAAAAGCUACGCUUGUUACAAGUGUUUGACUGAUAAAUUUUGUGUACAUUAAUUUAUAUUUAGCUUAUAUAUAAAAAUUUUUAAUGUAAAAUAAAGGAAGAAAAUUAUUAACGCCAA